AUGGUGGGCAGCAUCGUGGAUCAGGAAAUGCAGUUCGUUGAGCCCAGUCAGUGGUUUGUGAAGGAUUCAAUUCGGCUGGUGAAAAGAUGCAUCAAACCCAAUAGAAAAGAAUUCCAGAAAACUGCCAUGGCAGCAGCAAUAGGAUUUGCUAUAAUGGGGUUCAUUGGUCUUUUUGUGAAAUUGAUCCAUAUCCUCAUUAAUAACAUCAUUGUGGGUGGCUGA